UGUGUAUACUACUACUAUGGAGAGAGUUGAGUUAAAAGGUAAUGAUAUUCAUUACGGACAUUAUUUCCCAGUUGAAUAUAAUUAUUGUGAACGAUAUCGAACAUGGUUAGAAAGCAUUAGUGAUAAGACAUUAAUUAAAAUAGCUUCAUCAUAUCCAAAUUUAAAAUAUCUUAAUUUAUGGGAUAAUCGAAUGAUAACUGAUGAAGGACUAUGUCAAAUUGCACAAUCAUGCAAUAAAUUGGAAUAUUUAAAUAUUUCUUAUUGUAAUGGUAUUACUGACAAAUCAUUAAUAAAAAUUACAAAGUUGUGCCAUAAUUUGAAAGAAUUUUAUUUUAAUGAAGUGUAUUGGAUUACUGAUAGAACUGUAAAUAUACAGAGUAGUCGUGGAAAAAUCAAAGAUGCUAGUAUAUUACUACAAACGCACCUCAAAUUAGAAUACUUUGAUUUUGCCCAUGUUAUGGCUUUUCGAAAUAAUUUCCUUAUUGUAGCUAUUAUCGGAUCUUUUCCAAAUUUAAAACAUUUUGAUAUUUCUGGUAAUGAUAUCAGAGAUGAGGUUGUUGAAGCAGUAGCUAGUACAUGCUAUGAAUUGGAAUAUCUUGAUCUUGAAGGGUGUAGAUUCAUUACCGAAUCAUCAGUAUGUAAUAUUAUUCGAUCAUGUCCCAAACUUCAGCAUCUUGAACUUGGAUUUUGUAAAAUUUCCAAUAAAACCAUUAAAGAAAUAGCCUGUUCAUGUCCUAAUUUAAAAUAUCUUGAUUUGGAUGGCUGUGAAAAAAAUGUUAGUAAGAAAGUUGUAAAACGACUUAAUCUGACAGAGGGUGAAAACACAUCUAAUGAACAGAAUCUAGAAGAGAAUCCUAUGAGCUCAUAUUUGCCUCCACCUAAUCCAAUCUUUACUGGUAUAUUUGAUGAAAUACUCAUAGAAAAAUCUAACUCUAAAACACCUAACUAUAUUUUACUGGGUAAUAAUUGGUUUUAUGAUAGAAAGUAUAAUAACUAUGAACUUCAAACAUACAUAUCUGAAAUUGUAAUUGACACAAAGGAUGCUUUUGUAAGAACAACUCUGCAUAUUAAAGAUCUCAACGGAUCUGAAGUAUCAAAAGCUGAAAAAAGCCAAGAGUUAUAA